ACUCCACAGUGUUAAACUACCCAGGACAGACCUCUACUACUCCACAGUGUUACACUACCCAGGACAGACCUCUACUACUCCACAGUGUUACACUACCCAGGACAGACCUCUACUACUCCACAGUGUUACACUACCCAGGACAGACCUCUACAACUCCACAGUGUUACACUACCCAGGACAGACCUCUACUACUCCACAGUGUUACACUACCCAGGACAGACCUCUACUACUCCACAGUGUUACACUACCCAGGACAGACCUCUACUACUCCACAGUGUUACACUACCCAGGACAGACCUCUACUACUCCACAGUGUUACACUACCCAGGACAGACCUCUACUACUCCACAGUGUCACACUACCCAGGACAGACCUCUACUACUCCACAGUGUUACACUACCCAGGACAGACCUCUCCGUUCUGUCCACUGGUGCAGACAGCAGAGUCCUCUGGGGUUUGAACAGAAUAUUGUUGUUGCUGUUGACCCAUCUGAGGAUGUGGAAGAGGAGACCAUCACUGUUUCUACCAUAAGACACAGAACUACUGGAUAUUCAACCAAGAGGAAAGAGACAGAUUCCGGGACGUACAAGAACACGUUAUCGAGGGGAACCUCUGUCACCUGUAAUCAUUGUUUUGGAGAAGAGAGGAGAUUUGACGCCAUCUUGACAACACUCAUCAUCUAGUGAAAACCAGGGAAAACACACCGGGCCCAGUUGCAAGCAAAGUUCUUGAACAGAACUGUUUGGGACUUUUGCACGUCGCCAUGGCGUCCACAGGUCUACAGCUACUUGGCCUCCUAUUGGCCGUGAUGGGCUGGGUGGGCGGGGCUCUGGUCUGCGCCGCCCCCUUGUGGCGAGUCUCCGCCUUCGCGGGCGGGGAGAUCGUGAUCGCCCAGGUUCUCUGGGAGGGGCUAUGGAUGACGUGUUUGUCCCAGAGUACGGGACAGAUCCAGUGUAAGACUUACGACUCUACCCUGGCCCUCCCCGUCUCCACCCAGGUGUCCCGUACCCUCUCCGUGCUCUCCCUCCUCUUCUGCCUCUUCGCCCUCCUGCUAGGCGUGGCUGGGGCUAAGUGCACCAAGUGUCUAGGGGAAGGAGCCUACUCGUCCAAGGCUAGGCUAGCCCGCGUGGCUGGGGCUCUGUUCUACUUCUCUGGGCUGCUCUACCUGAUGCCCAUCUGCUGGACGGCCUACGCCGUGGUCAGGGAUUUUUACGAUCCAAAAGUCGCCGCGCCGCUGAAGAGAGAGUUAGGCCCCGCCUUAUAUCUAGGCUGGGGGGCGGGAAUUCUGCUGCUGGUUGGAGGGGCUCUGCUGAACGCAGGCUCCUCCCCUCCAGGGGUUAGGGCAACGCCUACCUUUGGGGGAGGUGGGAGGAGUAACCCACUGCCCGUGGUGGUAGAGGAGAAGGAGUAUGUCUGAACUGUGCCACACCAGGGUUGUGUUCAUCACUUUGUGGGAAAAUGGACUGAAACAGGGAGGGAAUACCUGAACGUGUCCAAUAAGAAAUGUUCAUUUUCGUUGUCCCAUUGUAAAACAUUUUGCAACAUUAUGCCCUAAUGAAUACAACCCCGUCACUAAACUAUCAGUGAAGGAGAGACGGGUCAACAUGUAAAUAAGAAAAUGCUUAUGAUUACGUUUUAGAAAAUGUGCAUGAUUAUUCUCCAUUUCUUAUGACCACUUGUAGACAGCUUUGUUAUUUUGUUAUGACAUCAUCUUCUAGUUGUUUUCAUUA